AUGAAGAGAAUACGAGAGCCAUUUGAAAUAAAUUCAAAGAAGAAAACUCAGAAGCUGGGGGAACCAUCUGUAUCCAAACCACCUAUGCCUUUGGUCUCCUCCUCUCCAAGCAAGUCUCAACCCUCUGAAUCUCCUACUUUACAUUUAAGGCAAUUGCCCUCUUCCUUACCUCAACCAUCCCCAAUCUACACACACUAUGAACCUACAACAUCCACCACAAAUCCUUCUGAAACUCAUACCUCUAACCCACCAUCACCUCCCCUUCAACCCAUUAAUCUAACCACCACAACACUACCAAUAUCUGAGGCCCUAGUAUUUAAUAAACCCAUAUCACCACCCUCCUCCACUCCCUCAUCUCCACCUUACUAUAAUAUCUCAUUUGACUCUGACCAUCCUGAACCAUCUGACCCUCAAAUCGUUACUCUUGCGCAACUCCAAGCUCACACCCUCUCUACUCAAAACCCACCUGAGCCAGAAACCUCCAUUCCUUCCCCAUCUGAACACCCAACAUCACCAGCCUCUGAACAUCACACUGAAACUCGCUCUGAAAACCCUGUUACCCAAACAUCUGACCCUCUCACUGAAAUUAUACCCACACCACCAGAACCUAUCCUUCCCACCUCUAAACCAGAACCUAUCUCUCCCACCUCUGAACCUGAACCUACCUUCCCCACUCUAGAAGAGGCAGUCACCUUAUUUGCCGAGUGUUUAUUGGAAAAGCUCAGGUCACUAUCUGAAAACUCUAAAAUCAGUGAUGAUCCCUCUACAGUAAGGAUUCACUGGAAUAGAGUAAUCGGACGGAUGACAUCUAAGGCUUUCAAGAUGAAAGGCAUCUCUGAACAAGUCAGAAACGACUUUAUCAAAGAAGCUGGAGAGAGGUUACAUACCCGUUUGGCCGGAGAGGAAGAAGAUAGAGCUCACAGAAAAUCUGAGGAAAAAGCUUGCUUAGAAAAAGAAGAGAAUGCAAGAAGAGAAACUGCAGAAAAGGCCUCCGCUGAGGCUACUGCUACUGAAGUUAAAGCCAAAGCCAAGGUUGACGCUGGAGAAGCAUCACACAUUUCUGUAGAAGAAGCUACCAAGGCUAAGGACAUUGCUCUGAGUCAGGGGGAGUCAUCUCACUCUGAUUUUUCCCCACUAGUGUUGAAGACUCUAGAGGAACUACACAAAGAGCAACAAAUUAUGAGAGCCAGACUGGAUCAACAGGACUCUGUCAACUCCAACAUUCAGAACCUGCUGACUCAGCUGUUGUAG